AGAGGCGACGCUUUCAUGGAGGGGGCGGAAGCGGGAGCGCGGGAGGGGGCCGCCGUGGCCCGGGACCUGCUGGCCUUGGGGUAUGCGGGUUUCCCCGGGGCGGUGUCGCGGGGCACCUCGUGCCCAGACUUCAGGGCUCUCUGCGCGCGGCUAGCGGCAGAGCUGGCGACUCUGGGCGCCCUGGAGCAGCAGCGAAAGAAGGGCGCCGAGGUGCUUAGCGCCGGCAACGGCCCAGACGCAGAGGAGAAAUUUCUGCGACAGUUGGCUGGCCUGCUGCGGGAGUUACACUGCCCGGAUCGCGCGCUCAGUGACGGAGACUGCGCGGUUGCGCUACGGAAGCCGGACGCGGGCCUGCGCCUGCUGCGUUUUCUGUGCUCGGAGCUCCAGGCUGCCCGCCUUUUGCGCCUGCACUCCUCACGGGAUCCCAGCCCUGUGCCUUCCCCUGGGGAAGGGACAGAGGAAACAGCUGGCAUCUUCCGGGAACUGAACCUUACCCUCCAAGCCCUGGGGCUGCCCAGACCUACACCGGGGACCACUGCUAGCCAACUACUGCAGGAGCUGCAUGCUAAGAUCUCAGAAGUGCUGCCUUCCUUACCACCAGGGUCCAUGCAGCCUCUCCUCAGCUAUUUGCUAGAUGCACCCAGAUGGGAAGCAUUGGAGUCUCUGUCCCAAAGGCUGAAAGAUCAGUACUACUGCCGCCGCUGCCUUCUUCUCAAGCGCCUUGACCUUACAACAUCUGCUUUCCACUGGAGCGAUCGGGCAGAGGCUCAAGGAGAGGCCAUGAGGGCAGUGCUGAUCCCAAUUCAAGAGAUUCUGACCCCAGAAUCAGAUGUCUCCAUUGCACAUGUCCUGGCUGCCCGAGCUGACCUGUCUCGUCUUGUCCCAGCUACCAGCAUGGCUGCCCGCCAAGGGACCUGCUGUGCUAUCAACAAGGUGCUUAUGGGCAAUGUGCCAGAUCGGGGGGGCCGCCCAAAUGAGCUGGAGGCUCCCAUGCCCACCUGGCGAGACCGAAGAGAAGAUGGAGGUAGGCAGAAGACAGGUCGCCAGUAUCGGGGCCACAAGAAGAAGAAGAAGUGAAGUGGGACUGCUGGCAGGGGUGGGGUAGGGAGGUUCUUCCAUUAGAUGCUGAUGCCAUUGGUAAUCGCUGGGGAGUUAGAUUGAAGCUUUCCCUUGGGACCUAGCACCCAAGCCAGGUGGGGUGAGAGCCAUCCCCUGUUCCUGAGGUUCCUAAUGUCCUAGGUCCAUCUACCAUUCAAUACCAAGAACUAUGUUUUUUGGAAAAUAAAUUUAAUUUAUGACAGUGGUA